CACAAGUAAGCUGUGAAUGAACGCCCAAGACAUACUUCACGUUCACUCGUGUUGCGAACGUUCACCUGUUUAUAUUGUAUCAAAAUGCGUUUCUCUCCUAUAAUUUCAUAUCGACAUAUUAUAAUUGCUCCGAUACAAGUACUGCUGGUAUUCUUUUUGAUUACAUCGAACUUUAAUGAUGUAUCCGGAACAUCAGCGUAUUAUGGAAAGUAUUUAGGUCCUUUGAAAUCUUAUCAUCAUGGGUUAGGCGGAGAUGUUUAUGCUGUAGAUGCUCGGACAUUACAUAUAAGAAAUUUUGUAUACGACGGAGACGGACCAGCUGCCUAUUUUUAUGGAUCAAACGGAAAACAACCAGGUAUCAAUGGUCUCAAAAUUCGAGACGAAAGUGGAUCAACAAAUCCAUUAAAAAAGUAUAGUGGCGACCAUUUGACAAUUACUCUACCCGAAGGUUUGACACUACACGAUAUCAAGUGGUUUUAUGUAUGGUGUGAAGACUUUGCUGUAAAUUUUGGAGAUGUAAAAAUUCCUCACCAUUUAGACUAUCCUAAGCCACAGAAAAUCGAUAGUUUAUUAGGUAUACAUGGUGUUUUGUCAGAUGACAUAGUUGUUGUUGAUGCUCAAACAUUAUUAAUCCCUGGAUUUUCCUAUGACGGAGAAGCACCUGAUGCCAAGUUCUGGGUAGGAGUUGGCGAAAAACCAACUCCACAAGGUAUAAAAGUUGCAGAUGAGAAUGGAAAAGAAGCUCCAUUACGUCGUUAUAAUCGUAAAACAAUUGUACUGACAUUGCCUGGUGACUUAACUAUUUUUGACAUUGGCCAUUUCGGGGUAUGGUGUGAAGCUUUUACAGUUGAUUUUGGGCAUGUUACCAUACCACCCAGUUUAAACAUACCACCAUCGCUUAAAAUGCUUGGCGUACUUCCUCAGUCAAAACUCAAUUGUGAAGUACUUCAUGAGCCAUUAGGUUACGAAGUUCGAUGGGCGAUUGCUGGCGACAGUAUAGUAAUUCAAUUAGUAGCAAAAUUAGAAGCUAAUCAAUACAUGUCAUUUGGUUUGUCUGGGUCAUAUAUAUCAAACCGAAUGAUUGGAGGUGACGUUGUCGUAGCCGGUGUUGAUCAAGACACCACCAAUGGUUUUGCCCAAGACUAUUAUUUAUUAGAUAAGUCACAGUGUGUAGUUCAACAAGAUAGCGGUCAAGUCAGUGGUAGUUGUCCAGAUACCAACAUUCAAGGUCCAGCUGGCGAAAGUGUCAGAUUAUUAAACGCUGCUGUAGUCAAUGGAUACUCUAUAGUAACUUAUCAGAGACCGUUGAAAUCCAGGGAUAAUCUUGACUUAUCCAUAUCGAUCAACAGCAGUCAACCGAUUAUUUGGGCUAUUGGACCACUCAAUGACAAACACGAAGUUUCAUAUCAUCAAGAAUACUCAAAAGAAACAAUAAAAAUUAAUUUUGGCCGUUUACCUCAAUGGAACUGUCCGAUACCAGACGUAGACUCUAAUCCUGUAGCAGUGGCAACUAUUGAUGUAACAUCAGAAACUAUACCAGUAAUUACAAAAAAUCAAACAUUAAUACCAGAGAUUACUCCGAAAAAGAAAAUUAGACCACGACCCAUACCUAAUCCAGCACAUGUUCAGAAUAUUGCUAUUCCCUGGGAAAUACCACCCAUUCAAUGUUUUGAACCAGAUGAUGGUGUUUUUUACGCACAAAUGGGCCCUACGGGUGGAAAACAUGGUUACUCCGCUAUUACAGGUCAUGUUGGCUGGGGUAUAUCAUGGUACAUAAAUGGCUUACUCAUACCAGAAAUAAAUGUUGUAAGGGGACAAACAUAUACAUUUGUUGUUGAAGGUGGCAAUGAUCCAGAAAUACCUGCCAAAUAUCAUCCAUUCUAUAUAACUGAUGAUCCAGUUGGAGGAUUCGGGUACAAAACAAUUGAAGAAAGGGAGAACAUUCAUAUAUUUGCCGGGGUGAGUAUCAGUAAAUCUGGAGAAAUAGUGCCAACAGGAAUUGGUCGAUUAUGCAAUUGGACUCCAGAUUCACAACAACCCUUAGCAGAUGAAUUCGUUUCUUUUGGAGCAUAUCAAAGAACAUUAAGUUUAGCUUGUGAUCAAGGUGAUCCGGGCAUUGUUCAAUGGACUCCUGAUACUAAUACACCAAAUACUGUUUAUUAUCAGUGCUUUACCCAUCGUCACUUGGGUUGGAAGAUAAACGUUUUAGAUUCUUGUAACAAAGAAAAACCUGAACUUACUGCUGUACAAGAAGACCUACAAACAAGAGGAAGUAUUCAGUAUACAACUCGUGUGAAACCUGAUAGUAGUAAUUUCGAAAUUAUCAAAAAUUCAGAAAAUAUUGAUCAUCUAACGUUUAUUCCGGCUGAACUAGAAAACGAUUUAAAAAAAGAUUUUAUAAAACUACAAUACACUAAACCAGAAUAUUCUGUAUCUACUCAAAAUUUUUCUUAUAAUUCGUACCCGAUCUCAAACCAUACUUAUAGUAACACAACAUUUUACGUGCCUCAAUCGCAUUAUGGGAACCCACAACCCUUACAGCCAUCAACAAACAAAUAUAUUAUAAAUGAUAAUACCAAUAGACCUUUACAACAAUUAGGAUCUAUACCUAUGUCAAACUAUUAUAAUCAACAACUAGUACCAAACAUUUAUAACCAACCAAUCCCAGCAGCAGCAUCUCACUUUCAAGCACAAUCCACAAAAAGUUCUAUAAUUAAUGAACACAGACGUCCUAAUAUAAAUUAUCAACAAAUAUUCUUUAAACCUAAUCAAAAUUCUCAAAUUUCUACAAAUUAUGUACCUAAAAUUGAUAGUAGAAAAGUAUCAAGACCAAUGGGGCCAAUACGUUCAGUUAUUUAUAAAAAACCAGUUCAUAGAUUUCCACCAUUAAGUGACAUGAAUCAUCAUGGUUCUAAUACGCUUACACGAGGACAUUUAUCUUAUGUACCAACUUCAAAGCAAUUUCAACAACAGCAACCAUAUGGUCAAUAUGGUUCUUCUAUAUCUCAAACUGUUUCUGUAUCAUAUUCAACGUCCAAAAAUAAUAACAGUCCAUUAUUACAUAAUCAUAAUCAUCAUCAGUACUCCCAUCAACAAACACAACAUCAAAAACCACAUAUACUAAUGAGAAAUGCCCAAGAAUUGAAUGGCGAACAAACAACAAUAAAUAAUAGUGCAUUUGGUAAAACUCGGGGAGGAUUUAAUCCAAACACCGUAAUUGUUGAAGGAGGAUUUAAACCAAUAUUUCCAGAAAAUUCUUCGGCACUAGAUAAAAUAAGUGAAUAUAUCAAUGUCAAAACUACAGAUUUAGAAGGAACUACUAUGAAUGAAUUUGUAGAAGAUUUGCCUGAAAACCACAAAAAAAAGAUAAAAAUUAGUAAAAAGUUACUACCAAAAAAACUUGUUAAAGAAUUUGAUCUCGACAAUGAAACCACAGCUGCUCAUACAAAUAUUACUACUAUUGAAUUCAGCCAUAGAAACUUAUCAAAUGAGCACUUCCAAAAAAUAUAAAUUUAAAAAAUAUUUAAUGUAUUAUCUGUAAGGAUAGUGAAAUAAUUAUCAUUUUUUUUUUUUUUUAAUUUAAAUAAUAUUUUUUAUGGACAUUAUAAGUUUUGCCAUUCAAUAAUCAUGAGUUUAAAAAUUCCAUAUAAUUAAGUAUAUAAUUUUUGUUUUUAACAUUUGUCAAAUAAAAGUUAU